AUGGCUUCGGUUUGGAAGCGACUGCAGCGUGUGGGGAAGCACGCCUCCAAAUUCCAGUUUGUAGCGUCUUACCAGGAGCUGAUGGUGGAGUGCACCAAGAAAUGGCAACCAGACAAAUUGGUGGUGGUUUGGACCCGCAGGAGUCGGCGGAAAUCCUCGAAGUCUCACAGCUGGCAGCCUGGCAUCAAAAAUCCCUACAGAGGUGUGGUGGUGUGGCCCGUACCAGAAAACAUUGAAAUCACAGUCACGCUCUUCAAGGACCCUCACGCAGAGGAGUUCGAAGACAAAGAAUGGACGUUUGUCAUUGAAAACGAGUCUCCGUCUGGUCGCCGUAAGGCCCUGGCCACCAGCAGCAUCAACAUGAAGCAGUACGCCAGCCCAAUGCCCACACAGACAGACGUCAAGCUCAAGUUCAAGCCACUCUCCAAGAAGGUGGUGUCGGCCACGCUGCAAUUCUCCCUCUCCUGUAUCUUCCUGCGGGAGGGCAAGGCCACUGACGAGGACAUGCAGAGUCUUGCCAGCCUGAUGAGCAUGAAGCAGGCCGACAUUGGCAACCUGGACGACUUUGAGGAGGAGAAUGAGGAGGAUGAGGAGAACAGGGUAAACCAGGAAGAGAAGGCGGCCAAGAUCACAGAGAUAGUAAACCAGCUGAACGCCCUCAGCUGCUUACACGGUGACGAUGACGACGAUGGCGUCGGCGUUCCUAAGCGAGCGUGCAAGGUGGCCGCAAAGCCUGCCGCUUCCUCGCAAGAGCUGAUCAACAAGCUGAACUUCUUGGAAGACAAGGACAGCGAAACGCACCCUGCCAUGCUCACCAACCCUUUUGACGAGUCUGAGGAUCACCUACCUGAGGCCAAUCACCUAAACCCAUUUGGUGACCCUGAUGAGGACGAACCCCCUAGUCAGUCUCCAGCCUCCCGGAUCGACGUUUCGUCCUACAACGCCUCCAAUCCGUUUGACGAGUCCGCAGAGGAGUCGCGUGACACGACGCCAGGGAACCCUUUUGAAGAGCCAGAGCAAAAUGAAGGCAACCAAGAGCCUGAACCACCGAAGGCCCGGCCCAGGCAAGGGGUGCGGCCAGUCAACAUGAGCAAGUACUUGUACGCCCAUGUCGGACAAAACGAUGAAGAGGAGCUCGAUGAGUCCAACCCAUUCUAUGAGCCAAGAACAAGCCCUAUGCAGAGCCCCGCCCUCCUGGACGUGGGUAGCAGCCAGAAGAGGCGAGCUCCGGCACCCCCAGACUCAUCUGGCCCUGGAACGCAGGCUCUCGAUUCCAAAACCAUGUCGGCGGUCAUUGGCCGAGAACUGGCUUCGUCGUCCCCAAAGCCGAGCCCGAUCCCCAGCCCGGUCCUGGGCGGGAAGCCCAAUGCCAGCCAAUCGCUGCUGGCCUGGUGCCGCGAGGUGACGCGUGACUACCGCGGCGUGAAGAUCACCAACUUCACCACAUCCUGGAGGAAUGGCCUGGCCUUCUGUGCACUGUUGCAUCAUUUCCGACCCGACGCCAUAGACUACAAGGCGCUCAACCCUCAGGAUAUUAAAGAAAACAACAAAAAGGCAUACGAUGUGUUCGCCAGCCUUGGUAUCUCGCGACUCCUGGAGCCAUCGGACAUGCACCGUGCCUUAUCCCGCCAGGAGGAGCUGAAGGAGCGGGCCCGGCUGCUCCUUGAGCAGGCCCGCCGGGACGCUGCCAUGAAAGCCGGCAACAAGGGCAUCCCAAAUGCUGGUGUCACCGCCGCACCCGGCAGAGGCAUCAAUGUCUGCGAUGAGCGGGACGCCGAGCGGCGGCGUCAGUUGCGCGAACGAGCCAGGCAACUGAUCGCGGAGGCUCGAUCUGGAGUCAAGAUGUCCGACAUGAGCCUGGACGUGUUGAAAAGCAGCAACGUUCCUGGCCUGGCUGGAGACAUGUUGGGCGAUGCAGAAGAGGGUUGCCAUGGCAUUGAAGGCCUUGAUCAUAAAACGGGUGAGGACUUGGGUACGGAGGGUGACAAUGAUGACAUCACAGCCUCAACGUCCGCCAUGGCUACUAACCUGUUGGAGGCCCCUCUCCCGGCUCCAUCUUGCUGCAUCCAGGGAACCUCGGAGCUUACUAACCCCGACUCUGAGCUAUCGUACUCUGGAGCAAACAGCAAAUACGUCGACCUGAAGCUGAAGAAGUUGAGCGAGGUCAAACCGAGCGCCCUCACCACAACUGCUGGUCCUACAUCCCCGUCUUCCUCAUCUUCCUCUUCUACGCCCACCGCCACUUCUUCCUCUUCCUCCCCGAUCAGCCCUGCAGAUGGAGUGGAGAACAACGUGGACCAGCUGCGUGCGGAGCGUCUGCGCCGUGCCACUGAGAGACUGCGCAGCCCCGUGGUCUUCAACAAGGACUCGACGGUCAGGAAGACACAGCUUAAAUCCUUCAGUCAGUAUGUGGACAGCAGACCUGAUGUGAAAAGACAGAAGUCUGCUCCUGACGACUUGAAAAAGGCAGAGGAGGAUGACUGGUCCCAGACGGACAUUGACAUCUUGAGACCGUUUGAGGAAGAGGUUUGUCCAAAGGCGUUCAAAGACACCAGUCAGUAUGUGGUGGGCGAGCUGUCGGCGCUAGAGAGCGAGCAGCGGCACAUCGACGCCCGGGCAGCUCGCGUGGAGAAGAGGCUGCGCUAUCUCAUGGACACAGGCAACAACAAGGAGGAGGAGGAGGCCAUGAUGCAGGAGUGGUUCAUGCUAGUCAACAAGAAGAAUGCCCUCAUCAGACGACAGAACCAACUCUCUCUACUGGAAAAAGAGCACGACCUGGAGAGACGUUUCGAACUGCUCAACAGAGAGCUCAGAGCCAUGUUGGCCAUUGAAGAUUGGCAGAAGACGGAAGCGCAGAAGCGUCGAGAGCAGCUGCUGCUGGACGAACUGGUCCUGCUCGUCAACAAGCGUGACGCGCUGGUACGAGACCUGGACGCACAAGAGAAAGAGGCCGAGGAGGAGGACGAGCACCUGGAGCGAACGCUGGAGCAGAACAAAGGCAAGAUGGCCAAGAAAGAGGAGAAGUGCGUCCUUCAGUGA